AUGAAAGAUGAGACGGUACUGAAAAUUUUGAUGGAUGAUGGAGGUUUUGAUAUCCCUAUUACGGAGACCUUGGUCCGCUCCGCCGCCGCAAACAUGGUGUCAGGAUCUUCCUUAAUCAGCUAUCUAGCCCAAAUCAGCCAGGAUCCGCUUCCGGUCACAGGGAAAAUUCUCAUCGCAGCUGCUCAAAAUCAAAGGACCAGACUUGAGAUGCUUAAAAUCCUUACUCGCAGUACACCUGACGUCCAACUGACAGACACAGUAUUUGAAGAAGCUUGCGCAAAUAAAGAUGUCAUGAUAUGGCUUUUAGAUCGUCAGGACAAGCAUCUGCCAAUUGAAAAAAUGGUUAGGCGGAUUUCUGAAGAACGAUAUGACUCAGGAAAUGUGGUUCAGACUCUACUUGAACGGGAUUUCUUGGAAGUUGAUAAAAAGCUGGUUGAAGCAAUGGCAGGCAAUUUUUGA